GCGUGUUGAGAUGUGUUGUUUAAGAUUUAAAACUGUUUUGACGAGUAUAUGGAUUACUUGCUCAUUUGGUGUAUGCUCAGCAUUGACCGUCCUAAGUGGGAGUAACACAACUUUGUCAUGCGUUGAGACAGUCGGAGAUUAUCCAAGAUGGAAAGGACCUCCAAAUUUAGUGUAUAAUCUUCAAGGAAAACCUGCUUUUAACCUCAAUAUUGGUGAAGAUAAGUUAAACCGCCUUGAUUGGGCUAGCAACAAAAUUGAUCUACUGCUGUUUAAUGUGAAGAAAUCAGAUGAAGGAACAUAUUCAUGCAUAUAUGAUGGAGGUAAUGAAAUUCACCAAUCAUCAUUGGAUCUUUCAGUUGUAAUACAACCAUCUACGCCUGUUAUAUCUAAUACAGAGUCUGGUGAUAUCGUCCGAGGUUCAGAGGGGACAACUCUCACGUUGUCAUGUACAUCUCCGGGAGGAUACCCAGAGCAUACUGUGAACUGGUACAGAGGAACAACGUCUAACGCUGCGCUGCCAUCGGGAACUCCGUCUGUGACAGAGAGUAAUGGAUUGUACAAUGUGGUACGACAGGUUGCAUUCACUCCAACAGGUGCAGAUGAUGGAGUCUUAUACAUUUGUCAGACAUUUUAUCAAGGUUAUCCGCAAGCCUCACAAUCCAGCAGUGUACGCCUUCUGCUUAAUCUACAACCCUCGAAGCCAAAUGUGAUUCUUAUGGGGUCCCCUGUAGACGGAAGUGCUGAGUCAGAUAUUGCUACGUGCAGCACAGGAGGAUUCAGACCUAGUCACAUCUCCAUCAGCUGGACGUUUGGAAACGUGGAUACUGUUGCAGCUUCCAACCUGAACCCUGUGAACGUCUCCAACAAGUUUUCUGUCACAACCAACUACAAACGGGCAGUUGUCAGAGCAGACAAUGGAAAAGAAUUGACAUGCAGCGUAUCACAUCAAACUCUCUCUGCUGCGUUGUCUACUUCUGUAACAGUAAACAUUUUAUUUCGUCCCCUGAACGCAACUAUCAGUGGCAACCGUGAGAUUGUAGCAGAUGGUUUAAACCGGUUAACAUUGAUAUGCACCGCUGGAGAGUCUAACCCAGUCCCGGAUAUUGUCUGGUAUAAUGGGUCCUCACAGUUAGCCAAUGAUCGUCCUUAUAAUGACACAGCAGGGUUGCAGUGGAAUGGUAAGGUGAGAAGACAGGAGCUCUGGCUGAAUCCUACACGUUACAUGAAUGGAGAUAACAUCAGAUGUGAAGUGAGGAAUACAGUUUCCUCUGGUCCUGUCAUGUCUGGAAAUGCAACUCUUAAUCUCAGAUACCGACCUAUCGUCAGUGUUGAGCCUUCUUCAAGUUUAACUGUGAGAGAGGACCCCACAGCUACAGGAACGCUUACAUGCACUGUGGACAGCUCUCCUCCCGCCAACAUCUCAUGGUACCAUGGUAACCUACUUAUUUCAUCUGCCGUUCCAUCGGAUGGACGACUUGUACACACUAUCAAUCCAGUUACCAGACAGAGCUAUGGCACCUACACGUGUAAAGCUGAUAAUGCGAUUCCCUCAAAGGAUGAACAGGCAGUGACGUUAAAUGUGGAAUUUAGCCCUAACAGCACAGUAAUAGAUGGCAACAAGGUCAUCGUCGCGAACGGACAGAACACACUGACCUUGACCUGCACAGCCGGUAAUUCCAACCCGGUAUCUUCCAUACAUUGGACCUUUGCCUCUAUCAAUUCUACACAACCCUCGGUAUCAACUGAAUCCUCUUCAUAUGGAGGGAGAAUAGCGCGUAGUGUUGUUACCUUUACACCCAGUAGAAACGAUGAUGGGAAGAAUGUAUCAUGUAGGGCGAACAAUACACUCAACCGACCAUCGUCAUCAUCUGUCAUGUUGGAUCUCAAAUAUCGCCCAGAGAUUUACCCGAUACUGACCCAGUCCACUGUUGAAGGCAACUCACACACACUACCAUGUGCAGCUCAAAGUAAACCUCCUGCCACCUUCAGUUGGUACAGGAAGGGUGAAUUAAUCCACCAGACAUCUGGUACUAGUUCAUUUAAUCAGGGACCGUACACAAUCAACCGUGUUAACAGGUCUCAUGCAGGAAUAUACACUUGUAAAGCAGAUAACAACGUAUUGAACAAGGACGAACAAGAUGUCACAUUGACCGUGCAGUAUCCGCCUGAUAUCACAGUUGUUGUUCAGAACACAUCAAUUAUGACAAACGAAUCUCGGUUGAUUUGCAACGCCUCUGGAGUUCCUAAUACGUACACAUUCAAUUCUACAUGGUCACAGGAUUGGCCUGGGCACGGCAAGAUCAGGGACUGGGUUGGCAUUGAUGACACUCUUACACUGAACCAGCUGACUUACGCACAUUCUGGAAUGUACGCGUGCUCUGCUACAAAUGGUAUAAAGGUGUUUGGGACAGACCAACAGUACAUGCCAGGUUCUGGAUACCUGCUUGUUAAAGAUGUCCCAGUCAUCACAUCGCCAGAUGAGACAACUCCAAACAGGAUUGCAUCUGAAAUUAAUACAAAUGCAUCAAUUAUUCUUCAAGUUUAUUCGAACAGUGGGGAUGUGAAGGUUUCAGUAUUUAAAGUCUUGAAUGGCUCUAGAGGACAGACUUCCGUAGGAUCAGUAAACAUGUCUUCUACAUAUGUACACCUUCCUGUGUUUAACCGAAAAUUUCCAAUAGAAGGCACACUUAUCAAUAUUUCAAUCUUAAUGGAGCAAACAGAAGACUUUGGAUUGUAUGAAGCAAUAGUUUCCAAUGCGAUAGGAAACAGGGCCCUACGCAUCAAUGUUGAAGCUCAAGGUCCACCACAGCCACCACAUGAUGUUGUUAUAGAAGAAAUCAAUGACCAUUCCGCAGUAAUAUCCUGGAAACAUGGCUUUCAUGGUGGUUUUCCACAGACUUUUGUUAUACAAACCAGCUUUGAUGGAAACUCUUGGAAGAAUGCAACCACUGUUGAAGGAGAAAUGCUUAUGACUGUGCUUCGUAUUAACGCAACAAUAACUGGUCUUGAGCCAGCAACUCAGUAUUUCGUUAGAAUGUUCUCAUUCAACUCAAAAGGAGCAAGUACACUUUCGGAGAACAAAAACUUCACAACCUUCAAAGAACUGGAUAAAGUUUCAUCCGAAAGCAGUUCCAAAGCGGGGGUGAUUGCCGGAAGUAUUGUGGGAGGACUAGUUGGACUAUUUGUCGUUGUGAUGACUGUGGUUGCACUUAGAAAAUACGAACUCAUAUUUAAUUGUAAAUGCGUUCGUAAGCCGGAAUCCACCGAAAAAGUGCUGUAUGAGGCAUCGGCUGUUUUAGCGAUAAACAAUGUGGAAUAUGAGUCCCUUGGAAAUCGAAAUGAUAUACGACGCGACCAACCUGAGAUCAACACUAGGUAUAACGACAAUGCACUGGGGACAAAUGCGUACGAGAGUUUAGAUGCUAAUCAGAGGUAA